CAUUCAUUGAUCGGAGCUCCCGACAGGUGAACCGUAGUGCUCUCCCCGUGUAAAAAUAAACUUGGGAUCACAUUGAACAUCGUAGUAUUUCGUGAUCAGCUAUUUUUUUCUUAUUUUUCCUUGUGAAUUUUGUGAUCGGAAACAACAUUGUCGAAAUGCAGCUGAACGAUCAUUGGCGGAAGAUCGUGAAGACCCUGAUCUUUGCGGUUCUGUGCACUGAAAUGCAAACCACCUAUACCCAUCGAGAUUUGGCGGCGAAACGUGGUAUUGGCCUGGCCGAAAUGGAUGCCAUUGCAGCGGCCGGUGGAGAGGAUCGAUUCCGGCAGAAGAUGAUGGAGGCCCCGCACCACGUAUCCAUACGAUUGUUGGCCCAGGAACGGGAUUACUUUGGCAAGGGACACAUCUGCUCAGGCGCUUUGGUGGCGCCCUCUGUUGUGCUGACCGUCAGUAGUUGCAUCUUCAGUCAGGUGAAGAGGAGCUACUACCAUCCAUCGGAACUGCGAGUGAUGUUGGGAAAUCCCCAAAGGUUUGCUCCUCAUGACCAGGGACUUAUCUAUGGAGUGACCCAUAUCCACCAGCCGCCCAAGGAUUUGGCUCUGGCAAUUCUUAUGCUGGAAAAUGAUGUGCCAACGGAUCAUCCCUAUAUCCAACCAAUCAGCCUACCUUCUCCAGGAGCCACUUCCGUCCUGGAUUCGGAAUCCAGUAACCUUCUAAAGAUCAGUACCUGGGGUUAUGAUAGCAAUAUCCGUGAGCUGCACGAUCUAGUGACGUUGAAUGCCACCCACACAUCCUGUCAUCAGCAGCAGAGUAAAUCCCCAAGGAUUUGUGUUCAAUCAGAAGCCACAAACUCCACUUCUGGCCACGUUUACAUGGAUGCAGGAGCCACGCUGACGGAACGGGAUCGUCUGCUUGGAUUAAGGAGCAUGGAUGGAGGAUUCGAGGACGUGGCCAGCCAUGUGGAAUGGAUACUGGCCAAAAUUGGGGAUGGUGGCAAUCAGAACAGCUCUAUCUGGGGCAUCCUGGGAUUCCUAUUAUUCACCGGCUACGUGAUUACCAUCAGCAGUAAGAGCUUUUCAACCUAAAUGGCCUACAAAAGGAUUCAUGGGGGAUCCGAUCGAUAGGGGGAUCUAGCUAAGUAAGAUUUCUAAGGCUUAACAGGAAUGAUAAAGCCGAGGAGUGUGAUAAUCUCGAUCCGAUCCAGCAUGCUUAAUAUGCUUCUUUAAGUUAGUAUGCUAUAAUAAUCUGGUACUUUGAAUGUGCUAAGCAUUUAGACUUUAAAGGAAUUGAUUUUAAAUAUUGAAUUAUUCUUUCAAAAAUAACAAUACAAAUUUGGUUUAACAAGAUUUAACAAUUCAUUAAUACGCAUAGCAUAGGCAUAGUUAUAUACAAUAAAUAAAAAUAUACAUAGUUUACAAUAUGAAA